GGGGGUCAUCUGACGCAAUGAAUGUGGCACCAAUCUCAAGAAAAGCCUGUCAUACUUCGCGUUUUCGAUAGAAAUCGAACGGUGCGGCGAACUCGAGUAAAUGGACAAUUCUUGAAGUCGUUGUCAUCAGGUCAAUGUGGGGAUUCUGGCAACGUUUUCGGGGCUUUCUCCAGAGUUGCCGACAUGUGAAUACCCUGCGCAUGGGAAUCAGCAAGUUCUACUAUAUUAAGCUCUGAAGCAUACACGUUGGAGAUGCGGGAGACGACACCGUCACCAACGGCCGCACAUUGCGGGGACACACAUGGCAGAUUGCUAUCUAGACCCGAGCCGCGCUGAGCGAAUCAAGCUGUACUUUAGGCCGCACUUAGAUCGUCGCAGACGAGUUAUCACGCAACCAGACGUCACAAAAAUCGGUUGUAGAGGACAGAGGGGAUCGCCAUGACCCUUUCGUGCGGUGGUAUGUUCCCUCCGACCACUCCAACCAGCAUUCCAAAUAUGGAAAUUACGAACAUGAUGCGAUCAUCGGUGAUGUAAUGAUAGUGACCAAAGUUUCCCGUUCCUGUGUGAUCUAUUUCACACCGCCAAACGGCGACCAGCGACGCGCCUGCCCAGCAUCAUGCGCAGUCAUUCGCGUACUCGUUACGAUAACUGACACUCUGGAUGUGAUUCCGGCGGAGUUGUCACAGCGAUGGAAACAACAUGUUCUCGAAGGAGAAAAAGCUCGAUUUGCAGGGCCGGGUGAUGGACAUAUGUAUGAUCUGGGAGGGAGGACUUGGCCUGCAUGUCCUUGGACGCUUCGGACAUACCGCAAAUCUCGAUGCUGAUGCUGCGUGGUAAAUCUUUCUUACACGCCUUCAACUGUCGAAGCGGACCGAAGACCGAAUGAGUCCCCGGGUGGCCCGCGAUAUCCCUCCGCCCCACAUUGUGAUGUUGACGAGGUAGCAGCAGGCUGGCCUAUCAGGUGGAGGCUUCUGCGCAUCGUAAUCUCGCUUCCUGCGAUGGCGGUUUAUCUCGAGCCCGCCCGGGCCCGUGACCAAUGGGAUUGCAUCCUUGGCAAGGCUUACCCCACAGAACUUAUGGCAAACGGCACGGCCACUGAUGGGGGAUUCUGGAUAAUAUAUAGAAGGAGAACACGCAAGUCAAAAUUGCCUUGUCUGCAUCCCUCUCACUAUCAUGGUCAAUCUCCGCCGCAUCGAAGACCGUCCGACGCCGA